GUUUGCUGCCCGAUAAAUGACCUGAUAUAAAUUGCCAGAAAUUGGCCUAAUAUAAAUACGCCCAAACCUACUUCCUGUUUCUGCUACUCCCUACAACCAUCCUAUAAGUAUGUCUCCUUCUCUUGAGCAGUACAAAAAAUACCAGCUUACGUUCGGACCCUCUCCAAUCACCCACUUUCCCAAUUUAUCCAAGGCCCUUGGCGGAAAAGUGAACAUCUACGCCAAGCGUGAAGACGUGAACUCUGGUCUUGCAUUUGGUGGAAACAAGCUCCGUAAAUUAGAAUACAUCGUACCAGAGAUUCUCGAUGGCGGCUAUGACACCUUGGUUUCCAUUGGUGGUAUUCAGAGCAACCAGACCCGUAUGGUGGCUGCCGUGGCUGCUAAGUUGGGGUUAGGCUGCCACUUAGUGCAGGAGAACUGGGUCCCUAUCCCUGAGCAAGAGUCCUUGAACUACGACAAAGUGGGCAACAUUGAGUUAUCCCGCAUCAUGGGUGCUGACGUGCGAUUGAACGCCGCUGGGUUUGAUAUCGGAAUCCGAGAUUCAUGGAAGGAUGCGUUAAAGGCCUUGGAGGCGGAGGGUAAGAAGCCUUACCCAAUCCCUGCCGGUUGCUCCGAGCACAAGUACGGUGGCUUGGGGUUUGUGGGCUUCGUGGAUGAGGUGUUGCAACAGGAAAAGGAGUUGGGGGUCAAGUUUGACAAGAUCGUGGUUUGUGCCGUCACUGGAUCCACUAUGGCCGGGAUUGUGGUUGGGUUUGCGAAAUACGGACGACACCACGAUGUGAUCGGUAUCGAUGCCAGUUUCACCCCUGCAAAGACCAAACAACAAGUGUUGAGAAUUGCCCGAAGCACAGGGAGUCUUGUGGGGUUAGACGUGGAGCUUACCCUUGACGAUAUCUAUUUGGAUGAGAGAUUUGCUCACCCAUGUUACGGGAUCCCUAACGAGGGCACUAUUGAGGCCAUAAAGUUAUGUGGCUCCACCGAGGGGUGUUUGACCGAUCCAGUCUACGAGGGGAAGUCAAUGCAAGGGUUGAUAUACAAGGUACGCAACGACGAGUUUGAGAAGGGUGCUAACGUCUUGUAUUGCCACUUGGGUGGGGCGCCAGUGUUGUCAGCCUAUUCCAGUUAUUUCUAGUACGGGUGUAUUACCUCUGGGUCUAAUGGAGAGAAAGCUCAGGAAUGUAUAGUCAUCAUAGGAUAGGCUGGUUCAAAAUAUCUUGUGCCAAGUUCGUAUAGAUGACCGUUAGUUUUCUGCUCUAUAUAUUACAUUAACUUUGUUGCUCUAUCUGUAUUAUGUUGGCUAUCUAUUAUUUAUGUAUACUUGCUGCCCCACAAGCUUUAAAAUACCUCAAUAGUGC